UGACACUGUGCUGACUGACGCCCCCACCAAUGGACAGAUGGCACCAGCCUCUGACAUCUCCCCUCCCUACCCCUCCCAGAGGUUCGUCAGUCUGUCCGCAGAUGGGAAUCUAUACUCUGCUCUGUCAGCAGUAGGGCGUCACCCUGGCUCUAUACGCCGGACCUACGGCACUCAGAAGUUUCUGAAGACUGAGACCAAGUGGCUGCAGAGCCCCCAGUUUGGUGGAGCAGCAGUAAUGCCAGCCUCUCAGAAACACAAGGAGGAGAUCUACUUCUUCUUCAGUGAGAUCAACAAGACGGCCAUGGUGGACGAGGAGCCCUACAGGUCGCGCAUUGGCCGAAUCUGCAUGGUGGACGAGGGGGGCAUAAAGAACCUGUUGGCGGACUCGUGGACUACCUUCCUGAAGGCCAGGGUGAUGUGUGGUGCGGGUAGCAGCCCCCAGCAGUACAACAACAUCAGACAGGCUUUUGUGCUGUCUGACGUGGCCCACGAGAAGAGGACCGGGGUCAUUUACGGCCUGUUUGCCAACGCCUGGGACACAACAGUGAUAUGUGCUUACUCCAUCGAGGACAUUGACCAGGCCUUCGCCACAUCCAAACUGAAGGGUUACAGCAGUCCUCUGAUUGGACAUCGCCCUGGCACAUGUGCCUUCAAGAACUCCACGGCAGCCCACAACCCUAAGACCCUAGUGGUGAUCAGGGACCACCCGGAGAUUGAGGAUGUGAUUCGUCCGGUCGGGGGUGCUCCGCUGAACCUGCCCACCGACGAUCACUUCACACACACUGUCGCUGCCAUUGUGCUAGCAGUAAACGACGAGCACUAUAGUGUGCUGUACCUGGGAACAGAACAGGGGAAAGUGCUCAAGGUUCUGCACACUAUCGAGGAGGCCUUUAUCAUAUCCCAGUACUCCCUCUUCCACAACGAGGGUCCUGUUCUAAGCAUGGCCAUCGACUCUAAGAAGGGCCACCUUUAUGUGGGCACGGCAAUGGAGGUCCAGCGCAUACCAUUGGCUGACUGCGGUCGCUAUGGAGACAGUUGCCGGGAGUGCAUUCUGUCUCGGGAUCCCUAUUGUGGUUGGGACGCAGCCAGGAGGAGGUGCACACCCAUCCCAGCUGGAUACAACAUCAGCACUGGGGCACUCACUCAGAGUCUGGACCAUUCCAAUGCCUCUAUCUGUGGUGAAGCUGCUGCACCGAAGACCCAUAGGACAAACCCCAAACAGGUGGUGAUUGACUCAGACGGCCCAGUUAACCUCCCCUGCCCCGUGCGCUCCUUUCACGCCACCUAUCGCUGGGAGAAGGACAACUGUAUCAAGCACUACCCCUGCUUCAUCAUUGGAGACUCCUGUGUGCUGGAACCCACCCCUGACCUGCCCCUUAAGCAGGGGGUGUUCCGCUGCAUGGCCACGGAGAACGGCUACAAGGUGGAGGUGGUUUCCUACAGGCUGGUGAUCAACAGUGGGCCUCUGCCUGCCUCCUUGGCCUCUACCCUGGGGCCAUGCCUCCUGCUUGCCUCAGCCACCCUCUGGCUCCUGUAACCAUUGCAAAUGCUAAAGCUAACCCCUUAGCCUCUAAGGCCCUCUCUCUGACAGACAAGAGAGGAGGGGCCACCAUACCCAGGUUAGGUUCGCAGAGCAUUGAUAUUAAUGGUCGGGUAAUGCGAUCAGUGUUGCCCACAGAGACUGUUUUCAGAAAAAAGUGUUUUUUUAUUAAAUUUACAUUGUUCAGGAAAUGCCUGAAAAUAAACAAAGCCAUUUAUUUUUUAAUUAUAUAUGGGCUUACCAUACUAACCAAUACUGUACUGUUUAAACAAAAAAAUACCUAAAACAAACUUAAUAAUACAUAACAUUUAAACUUAAUACAUUAACAUCAAUAUGGGUUUUAUGGAAAGACAAACUAUAUUAUCAUGUCUUAUUCUGAAUUUUAAAUACAGAUUCAAACCACAAGAUGUGCUUUGCGAACCUUGCCUGUUCCACCCAAGAGAUGACAUCUCAUGAGUUGGGUUAAAUACAAUACCAGGCCAAUUUCUCUUUAUGGUUUCUCAACUUAUUUUGAAACUUGAUUGUGCUACUUUGUGAAUAUUUGAAGCUUGAAUACUGCUCUAACAUCCAAACAUCCUGUUGAAUGUCAUAAGUAUAGGCUAGUAUUUAGAAAAUGUCUGGUAUUGAGUAAAAAAAAAUGCCUUAACAAUUCUGGGACAUACCCCCUAAGCACAAUUUGCAGUGGAAGCAAAACUGAUCAAUUAUGUUGACUUGAAACUGUGAAUGAGGUGGCCAAGCCUUACUUUGAUGCUGGGAGGAAGUGUCAUCUUUUUGACAGGAAGUAGGUAGAAGAGCAUGAGCUCAUCCUCGAACAUCACUGUGUCUCGGCAAGUCCUCUGCAGUAAAGGCAGUUUUUGCAUCAUUUUAUUGGAUAGUAUCAGACAUUCAUAUUAUGCUACUUCAUUUUCAACAAACAUAAGUACAGUAAACAUCAUUCAGUGGCAGGUGAGGCCAAAUUAGAAUUGAGUAGAUGACAUGUAGUGUUAGUUGCAUUUUGUAGUUUGCUAUAUGAGGAAAAGAUUGUGAUUAUAUGAGUACUGUGUGUUAAGUAUUUUAUUGCUCCACAAAUGCUGAUUUCCACCAUUGCUGCCUAUGUAUAUGAAAGUUAUUCUUGAUGGUUCAAGGUUUUAUACUGUACGGAAGUCCAGAGAGGACAAUAAAAAAAUCCUUGUCAUGUCGAGAUAACAACUUAUUUAUCUCAUGAUCACGACAUAACAAAAGUUGUUUUGUCGACAUCACGAGAUGAACUCUAUAAAUAGGAGUAGACGCAUUGAUGAUAGAUUGACAGGAUGGCUGAGGCGGUAGAGCCCAUGGUGGAUCAGCACAUAUGUUUUUAUUGAUUGCUACACUAAGGGAUGGUACAUUUCAUGCUAACAUGUCGCUCAUUGUCAGUUUAUAAAGUAGAAUGUUAGCAAGCUAAAUGUCCUUUACCUUGAGCUAAGAGUGGCAGGUAGCCUAGUGGUUAGAGUGUUGGGCCAGUAACCGAAAGGUUGCUAGAUCAAAUCCCUGAG